AUGACUGUUGACGUUCAUAAUGUCUACUCUUAUCUGAAUAUCCUUGGUUUCAUUUUCGAAUGGAACGACACAGGGCAAUGUACUGAGAUAGAUUAG